UGUUCCCGAGCGGCGCUUGCUGCGGUCUCUGCGCUCACGUCUCCUGACUUUGUCGCUGCUGCUCGUGGAGGCGCAGGUGGUCACUGUUCCCCAGGCCCUGCCGGCCUCUCUCUGUGCACGGCAGGUCAGGAUGGUGAGGUGCCUGGUCCCCCAUCUGCCUGCCCUCCCUGUCUGCCUCACCCUGGUCCAGCUGCUCAGCCCCUGCUCAGCUGACUUUGCUGUGGUUGGACCCCCUGAGCCCAUCCUGGCCAUGGUGGGUGGAGACGCUGAGUUGCCUUGUCACCUGUCCCCGAAGAGGAGCGCUGAGAGCAUGGAGCUGAUGUGGGUGCGACCCAGCCGCAGGCAGGUGGUGCUCACGUACGCACACGGGCAGGAGGACACGCCGGCAGAGGAGUAUCGAGGGAGAACUUCGGUUUUAAGAGAGGACGUCACUGCGGGGACGGCUGCUCUGCGGAUUCGCAACGUCACAGCCUCAGACAACGGGACCUACGUGUGUUACUUCCAAGACGGAGAUUUCUCUGCAAAGGCCCAGGUGGAGCUGCAGGUGGCAGCGCUGGGCUCUGGUCCCCACAUUGAAAUGAAGGGCUACGAGGCUGGAGGGAUCCGUGUGAACUGCACGUCUGCCGGCUGGUACCCGCAGCCCCAAGUAGAGUGGAGAGACGCCAGGGGACAGAGAAUUUCCAAUGAGGUGGUCACAGAAGUCACAGACCCCCAGGGCCUUUAUGCAGCCUCAGCCUCUGUGAUCCUGGAAGGUGGCUCUCAGGAGGGGGUCACCUGUGUCCUCAGAAACCCUCUGCUGGGCCAGGAAUGGUCAGCGGGGCUUUCCAUGGCAGGUCCCUUCUUCAGGAACGCAGAGCCUCGGAUGGCGUUUAUCACCCCAGUCCUGCUGAUUGGUAUGGUGCUCCUGUUGGGAGUGUCGUGCUUGGUGUGGCGACGGCGGCAGAUGAUCCGGGCUGUGUCCCAGGAGAAGCGGAGAGAGCAGGAGCUGCAGCGGGUGGAAAGCCCCCCCGGUGGGGCCCAGCUGCAGGCGGCCACCUCCUCCCUGCCCAGCCCACACCCACCACCCGGAUCCUCCUCUGUAUCUGCUGACAGGACUGUAUUUUCUGGUUAUUUGCAGAUACGCUGCAGGACGAGCUCAGGUGGACAAACAAGGGGUACCGACCACAUGAGUGCCCCGGACCCGCAUCUCAGCCUCUGUUCUCGCCACGAACAGGAUCUACUUCGAAUUCGGGCAGGAGGUUUCCAAAAGUCGCUGGAGGAUGUUCAUGAGGUUGGAGGGACUGGAGGAGAACAACAUUGUCAUUUGUGAGCAUGAGAACCCAGGGAACCUGCCGGAGCAGCACCACGGGAUGCUGCUGUGCUGGCAGAGCAGCUGGGAUGCGCUGCGACCCCCCUUCAGGCUCACGC